AUGCAGGCGACUACCGACCAGCUCGGCCGUUCGGCCUCGCGGACAGUGAGGAAGGAACAGGGCAUCAGCGCCAUUGCCAAGCGCGCAAGGGCCGCCAGGAGCCCCGCGCUGGACAAGGCCAGCAGCACCACCGAGGGGCCGGAGACCCUGCCGGCGCCGCCUGGCGCGCCGGCGCUGCCUGCCCCGCCACUGCGGGCUCCGGCCGGCCACGCGGCGCCCCCACCCGCGGCGAGGGGCCGUAAGCGGGCCUUCUCGAAGGAGAUGACGCCGAGGGCGCUGCGAGCGGCCCUGAAGAAACCGGAAGCGGCAGAAUUGCCCGACAGCACGAGUCCAGCGGGCGCAGUGGACGGUCUUGCGCGCCUAUAUUUCGGCACGCAGAGCCGGACGGACGGGCGCCAGGCCGUGGUUGCGGCCCUGCUGGCCGCGCUGGUGCUCGCGGUGACGGCCCGGGAAUGCGUCCAAGGCGCGACGGCGGGUGAGCUGAGCGGCCUCCCCGCCGUGAUCGAGCGCGCCUUGGCAGCGCGGGCGCAAGGUGGGCGAACGUUGGCGGAGACGAUCGACCGGAUGCACUGCCACAACGUGCACAUCUCGCAGGAUCGCCCAUUCAAGGGGCUCAUGGAGGUGCUCUCCGGCCUUGCGGCCCCCGACGCCUUCAGGAUGAUCGCCUUCGUCGUCGCCUUCAACAGCAUGGGCUUCCUGCGCUUCCUGCAGGAGGUAGGGGGCCCGCCGCCAGCGUCCGUGGAGGAGCUGGUCCGCCUGCUGAGGCGGGCAUACGACAACCGCGCCCAGCCCUUCAGCAUCCGACACCUGCCCCAGCUGGCGCUGCGGGGCCCGGUCCUCCGGGUGCUCGCCGCGCCGUACUCGGACGACUGCGCGAGGGAGUACACCCGGUUGUGCCUGCAGGGCGAUGGCGCGUGG